AUUACAGGACUAGUAAGUAACAGAUAAUAGACAGACACUAACAAACAAACAAACAAAAAGAUGACAUAUCAGGUAAAUAAGAUAUAUUUGCAAAAUCUAGAGUCUGAACGACAGGGUCGUAGAGUUCCACCAUUGCCGCCAAAUGUACAUCCGUUUGGCAGCGGAAUGGGUUUCAAAUUUGAGGACAUGUAUCACCGGAUCAAUAAAAACAGCCCCUAUCGGCGCCGGUACGGACCGUUUAACGAGUACUGCUUGCCUGUACAGGGACCACCCAAUUGGCAUCAAUUAUAUGUCGACGAAAGUAAGAUUGGCCAGGAUUACCAGCUGGCAAAUGCAAAGGGACUGCCGUUACCCGAUCAACAGCUCAGGUAUGUUAAAGGCCAGACUCCGGACAAUCUGUGGCGUAAUAUUAAGUUUGUUCGCGAACUAGGAUCUGGUGGUUUUGGUUCAGUUUGGGAAAUAACGGCAAAACAAAAUAAGGCCCCCAGAGCUGGAUAUUUUAAAUGGAGGAAUGUUAGGUUGGCCUGCAAAGUGAUGCGCUAUACUUCAGGCAGUAGUUCUUUUCGACGCAGAGUAGAGGCAAUGUUGACAGAUAUGAAUCAGCUCCGGUAUCUACGACACAACAACAUUGUCCAAUUCAUUGACAUUAUCGGUAUACCCGAUUCGCAAACAGGUUUUCCCUAUUCGAGUAUAUUGAUAAUGAUGGACAAAUGUGACGGCGAUCUCAACAGUCUUAUAGUCAGCCGAGCUAUGUCUCAGCAACAGACCAUUGCAUGGCUCCGACAGAUUGCCGAAGCAGUUCGUUAUCUGCACUUCGAUGAGAUAAUGGUUCAUUUGGAUAUCAAACCGGCUAACAUACUGUACCAAACUAAUGGCGGUAAACCUGUUAAUCAAUGGCAGUACAAAUUGGCCGACUUUGGACUGGCCAUUGUCUAUCUGGACAAAUUAGAUAUGCAUUCGAAAGUCAAUCGCGGCAGUCCACUCUACAAACCGCCCGAAAUGUCAAUACCACCUAAAGAAGUUUACACCCCUUUGUGCGAUGUCUAUUCACUGGGCGCUACUGUGGCCAGUUGUCUACUCGGCCGACCCUAUUAUAAUGGAAUAACAUUUCGCCAGGAACUACCACAGUUGCACAUCAAUCAGCCCAAUAUGCCGGCCAUACCGUCAGAACUCUUGAAUUUGGUUAACGAUAUGACCCAAAUGUUUGUCUGGCAGAGAGCAACCAUCCAUGAUGUGUGUGCUAGAGUACAACAAUUGUAA